AUGGCAGAAUAUAAUAUCCCUAAGACCAUGAAGGCUUUGGUGAAGCAGACAGAAGGUCCUUCAUACUCCUAUGUUGAAAUACCCGUACCUGAACCAAAGGAUGGGGAGGUUCUGAUUAAAGUUGAUGCUGUGGCAAUAUGUGGCUCGGACAUCGCUCUCUACAAAUGGGAUAAUGUUGCCAGAGUUAUUGCAACAGUGCCUUUCAUACCUGGCCAUGAAUGCGCUGGAACAGUUGUCAAGCGUGGACCUAACACAGACAUUCCAAUUGGCACAAAAGUUGGAGUGGAAAAUCAUUUCUUUUGUGGAGAGUGCUACCAGUGCCUCCAUGAAGAUGGUGCUAUAUGUAUUAACAUGGGCCAGUAUGGACAUGGCAAGAAGACAGAACAUGGUGGCUGCUCAGAGUAUUCUAUAGUUCCAGAGAGAUAUUUGUACAGACUGAAAUCUGAUUUGGAUCCUGAGCAGAUUGCCUUGUUGGAACCACUAGGAGUAGCCCAUAAUAUGAUAGAAAGAUUAAAUGUUGAAGGUCAAGAUGUACUGGUGAUUGGAAGUGGCCCAGUGGGCUUGAUGGCACAAGCAGUCUCAAAGGCAUUGGGUGCAAAAAGGGUCGUGGCAACGGAUGUUGAGGAUGCUAAACUUGAAUUAGCAAGAAAGUUUGGUGCUGACAUUACUGUGAAUGUGAAGAAUACUGAUUUAAAAGAGUUCGUCAUGAAACUAACCAAUAGUGUAGGCAUAGAUCGCAUUUGCGAGUGCAGUGGAGUGUCUGCUGUCGUGAACUCAAGCUUUUCCUUACUUCGAAAAGGUGGUCACAUUGGCCUGGUUGGACUUCCAAAACAACCUUUGCAUGUUGAAAAUGUUUUGCAAGAUAUUGUUUUCAAGGCCUUGACGCUAAAGACUGUCCAUGGCAGGCUCAUCUUUCAUACCUGGGAAGAGAUCGAGAAGUUGGUUGUUGAAGGCAAAAUUGAUGUGAAAGCAGUGAUAUCACAUAGAUUUCCUAUGUCCAAGUUUGAGGAUGCCUUCCAGACUUUGUUCUCUGGACAAGCUUGUAAAAUUCUCUUGGAUCCAUCAAAAUAG